AUGAUGAACUGUGCUGUGCUUCCAGACAGUGACGUGAGGCUGGUGAAUGGUUAUAGUCCCUGUGCUGGGAGAGUGGAGGUUCUUCAUGAAGGACAGUGGGCCACAGUGUGUGGUUAUGGCUGGGAUAUGAAGGAUGCUGCAGUGGUGUGUAGACAGAUGUUCUGUGGAGAUGCUGUAGCUGCACCAUGGCGUGCUCAAUUUGGAGCAGGAACAGGGAGCAUCUGGAUGAGCGACAUGGCCUGUAAUGGAUCAGAGACGGCACUGAAGGAUUGUCAGCACACAGAACGGGGAGUUCAGUCCUGUAGUCAUUCCUGGGAUGCUGGAGUCAUCUGCUCAGUGGUCAGACUGGUCCAAGGUGCACACCAGUGCGUUGGGAGAGUAGAGAUGAGGCAUGGAGUUACCUGGAGCACAGUGUGUGAUUCUGACUUUGACCUGCAGGAUGCAGAGGUUGUGUGUCGGCAGCUGGGCUGUGGGAUCCCUGUAGAGGUGCUGGGGGGGGCUGUGUUUGGGAAGGGGCAUGACCAGGUGUGGAGAGAGGAGAUUCAGUGUAGAGGGAAUGAAUCUCAUAUUUACUUCUGCCCAAAAUCAUCCUCAAAGACUGAGAACUGCUCCCAUGAUGAUGAUGUGGGACUGCUGUGUUCUGGGUACACAGACUCCAGGCUGGUGGGCGGCCCUGACUCCUGCUCUGGGAGGGUGGAGCUGCAGUACCUCAGUGAGUGGGGGACAGUAUGUGAUGCAUCCUGGGAUAUGAGAGCAGCCAGUGUCCUCUGUCGGCAGCUGCAGUGUGGAAACGCUGUGGCAGUGCCAGGACAGGCCUGGUUUGGAGAGGGGAGGGGCCGCAGCUGGGCUGAUGUGGACUGUAAGGGGAAUGAGACGUCUCUGUGGGACUGUCCUUCAGCAAUGAGGGGACAGAAUAACUGUGUCCAUAAAGAGGAUGUAGGAGUUGUGUGUUCAGGAACCUGUUUAAGGAACCAUCAUCGAGAGGUCAGACUGGUCCAAGGUGCACACCAGUGCUCUGGGAGAGUAGAGAUGAAGCAUGGAGUCACCUGGGGCACAGUGUGUGGUGCUGACUUUGACCUGCAGGAUGCAGAGGUUGUGUGUCGGCAGCUGGGCUGUGGAAUCCCUGUGGAGGUGCUGGGGGGGGCUGUGUUUGGUAAGGGCGGUGACCAAGUGUGGAGAGAGGAGAUUCAGUGUAGAGGGAAUGAAUCUCAUAUUUCCUUCUGCUCAAAAUCACCCUCAAAGGCCAAGAAUUGCUCGCAUGGUAAUGAUGUGGGACUGGUGUGUUCAGGGUACACAGAGUCCAGGCUGGUGGGCGGCCCUGACUCCUGCUCCGGGAGGGUGGAGCUGCAGUACCUCAGUGAGUGGGGGACAGUGUGUGAUGCAUCCUGGGAUAUGAGAGCAGCCAGUGUCCUCUGUCGGCAGCUGCAGUGUGGGAGCGCUGUGGCAGUGCCAGGACAGGCCUGGUUUGGAGAGGGGAGGGGCCGCAUCUGGGCUGAUGUGUUUGAGUGCCAGGGGAAUGAGACACACCUCUCCCAGUGUGCUGUGUCCUUAUGGAGUCGAGCUGCAUGCUCUCAUGGAUGGGAUGCAUGAGUCAUCUGUGAGGGGUCUAAAUCUCUCUCAGCUCUCAAUGGGACAGUAAGACUGUCUGGAGAGAGUGGCUGUGAGGGUCAGGUGGAGGUUUACUACCAGCUGACCUGGAGCAGAGUUCUCAUGGACUCCUGGAGCUUCAGGGAGACCUCUGUGGUCUGCAGACAGCUGGGCUGUGGCUCUGCAGUGAGGCUCAACAGCUCCUACCUGUCUGGGAAAGAGGACAGUGAUGUGUGUCUGACAGGGUAUCAGUGCCCUGGGAAUGAAUCUCACCUGAUGAACUGCAGUGAUCCACAGUGCGUCAAUUGCAGCUCUGGUCCACAGGUGUCCAUAGAGUGUUCCAUCUCUCUGUCAGUUCCUCCUUCAGCUGUACUCAACCAGGAAGUCCCGUCUAGUCCUAUUGUCGUCUUCCUGGUACUGGGAGCUUUUCUCCUCCUGCUGCUGGUGAUAAUAGCUGUCCAGCUGUACCAGAACAGAGUGCUGAAAAGAGCUCUGUACCAGGAUCUCAGCCCUCUGUACGAGGGUCUCACCACUGUGCAUGAGACUAUUUAUGAGGAGAUAGAGUACAAUCUGACCAGUUGGACAACCUACAGAGCCCCUCUAAAGAGAAGUGUCCUCUCUGAGGAGCUGCCCUCUGGGUAUGAAGAUGUGGAGGACAGUGAAGGAGACCCUCUUUCAGGGGAUCUGGUGAUAAACAACACAUCAGAAGACUAUGAUGAUGCUGGUGAGAGAGCCUUGAUGACACUGCCCCCCGAGGAUGGCCCCCCUGAACCCGACCAGACUGACUAUGAUGAUGUGGGGGAGGAGACUCUGCAGGUUACAUAG